CAGCAUAUAGAGCAGUCACCCCAAGGCUUCUUCCCUCACCUGCCCUUUAGAGGAGCCGAAGCAAGUGACAUCACCUUUCUACGGCGACAAUGGCAUCGAGGGGAGGCGGUGGUGGCAGGGGAGGAAGAGGAGGCGGACGUGGAGGAGGACCUUCCAAGCCCACAGUGCCCAUGGGCGAGAUCUCCUUUGCCCAGGUCAACGACAUCGGCAGCAAGACCGAGAAUCUAUACCCUUACCAACCUAAUAUCCCCCGACCCCAACCACCCUCGGAGCAGGAGAGCAGAGCAGCCACGCUUCAGCUCGAAUACCUCGACGCAAUGCGACGCUCAGCUUACUGGCCAAUGGUCGCAGCAGGGGAGCGCAAGAUCAAGGAGCUUCCACGUUACACCGACCGAUACAGGCCCGAAGAGCAAGAUCCGCCCUCGCUCAAGCGUCUACGGCUGCAAAAAGAAGUCUUUCCAAGAGACGUCUGGAGGGUGUACAUGGAGGGCGAGACGCGCAGGGAGCAGGUUCGAGCCAGAGCGAAAGCACGCAAGAGCACUCUCGCCAACUUCAAUUGGGACGCCUUCGAAGCCGCCAACGAUGGGACUGCCUCUGGAGGUCCUGCUGGAGGAGGUGGUGGUGGUGCAGGCGGUGGAGGUGAAGACGAUGGAUUGGGGCAAGAGGAUGAUUUGGAACCAAAGGACGACUAUGAAGAUCAGGAAGAGGAUGAUUAUGCGCAGAAUUACUUUGAUAAUGGAGAGGAUGAUGGUGGUGAAGAGGAUGCGGGGGGUGGAGAGGCUUAUGAGUAGCGGCGUGGAAUGGAUGCUGUUGAGGUGGGGGAGAGAGGAAGAAUUGGCGCACGACGCUCCUCGUCGUCUCUCGACUACGAUGACAAAAUCACAUGUAAUUGUACCUGAUCAAAUCUACAUAAGGCAUGCUCUAGAUUAGACAUUGAAAGCGAG